AUGCUGCGAAUUAGGUCUGGAGCCACGAGGCAGUCUACGCGGACGGCAGCAAGAAAGGGGCACCUUAAAGUCUUCGCGCGCGCGCGAGAGGACGAGAAGGGAGCUGAGGACGAGUUCCUUCCGCCCAGUCGAUUCAUGAGGAAACUAAGAGAGUCCCGGGUGGGGAAGAGGCAGAAAGACGGCUCGGGGAUUGAGGACGGAAUGGGCGGACGUGGCAGAUGGUGCACCGGAACGGGUACCGAUGAAGCGGAAUGGAACGAUGAGAAACGUGGCGAGGAAAAGGGAGGCGGCGAAGAAAAGUGA